GUUCCUCCUCGAAUGUACGGAUGCUUUACUGCGAUACACGGAACGUUGGUUUUCCAGCAGCAGUCGGUGUAAGACUGUUUUAUUUAUGAGUUAAAGGUUAACCAGCUAUUGUUAACCAUGGAGGUCCUCGGUGAAGAAUUUGGAGACAUGACUCCCCAGGAGUUGGCGGCUCCUGUCAACACCGUGGCUGUGAGUUUGCGUAAAAACAACACACAAUUUGGCCCCUCGAGACGAGUCAAUGCGGAUAAAUGGAAGCUGUUACCAGCCUUUUUGAAGGUGAAGGGUUUGGUGAAGCAGCACAUCGACUCCUUCAACUAUUUCAUCAAUGUGGAGAUAAAGAAGAUCAUGAAAGCAAAUGAGAAAAUCACCAGUGAUGCUGAUCCCAUGUGGUACCUGAAAUAUCUAAAUAUCUAUGUCGGCAUGCCUGAUGUGGAAGAAAGCUUCAACGUUACCAGACCCGUCUCUCCUCAUGAGUGUCGCCUCAGGGACAUGACCUACUCGGCACCCAUCACAGUGGACAUAGAAUACACUCGUGGCAGCCAGAGGAUAAUCCGAAAUGCUCUGCCUAUUGGACGGAUGCCGAUCAUGCUGCGAAGCUCCAACUGUGUUCUCACAGGGAAGACGCCCAUGGAGUUUUCUAAACUAAAUGAGUGUCCUCUGGACCCAGGAGGUUACUUCAUCGUUAAAGGUCAAGAGAAAGUCAUCCUGAUCCAGGAGCAGCUGUCGAAGAAUCGGAUCAUCGUGGACCAAGACAGGAAGGGGACAGUUGGAGCUUCAGUUACCAGCUCCACUCACGAAAAGAAAAGUAGAACUAAUAUAAUUGUGAAGCAAGGACGCUUCUACCUGAGGCAUAACACGCUGUCUGAGGACGCUCCCAUCGCCAUCAUCUUUAAGGGUAUGGGUGUAGAGAGUGACCAGGAGAUUGUGCAGAUGAUUGGCACAGAGGAGCACGUCAUGGCCAACUUCGCCCCAAGCCUGGAGGAGUGUCAGAAAGCCCAGAUCUUCACGCAGACUCAGGCUCUGCGGUUUCUUGGGAAUAAAGUACGCAGGCAGCGGAUGUGGGGCGGGCCCAAGAAGACCAAGAUGGAGGAGGCCAGGGAGCUGCUGGCCUCGCUUAUCCUCACUCACGUGCCUGUUAAAGAGUUUAACUUUCGAGCAAAGUGUAUUUAUCUGGCCGUGAUGGUUCGGAGAGUGAUUCUGGCUCAAGGUGAGAACAAGGUGGAUGACAGAGAUUACUAUGGAAACAAGCGUCUGGAGCUGGCUGGACAGCUCCUGUCUUUGCUGUUUGAGGAUUUGUUCAAGAAGUUUAACUCAGAACUGAAGAAAAUUGCAGACCAGAUCAUCCCCAAGCAGAGAGCGGCUCAGUUUGACGUGGUCAAACACAUGCGGCAGGAUCAGAUCACUAACGGCAUGGUCAACGCCAUAUCCACCGGAAACUGGUCUCUGAAGAGGUUCAAGAUGGACCGUCAGGGCGUCACCCAGGUUCUGUCUAGGCUGUCUUACAUUUCUGCUCUCGGUAUGAUGACCAGGAUUUCCUCUCAGUUUGAGAAGACCAGGAAGGUGAGCGGACCGCGCUCUCUGCAGCCGUCGCAGUGGGGCAUGCUGUGUCCGUCUGACACGCCUGAAGGAGAGGCUUGCGGUUUGGUGAAGAACUUGGCUCUGAUGACGCACAUCACCACCGACAUGGAGGACGGUCCGAUCAUCAAGCUGGCCUUGAACCUCGGGGUGGAAGACGUCAACCUGCUGUGUGGGGAGGAGCUCUCCUACCCGAGCGUCUUUCUCGUCUUCCUCAACGGAAACAUCCUCGGCGUGAUACGAAACCAUCACAAACUGGUCAGCACUUUCAGACUCAUGCGCCGGGCCGGUUUCAUCAACGAGUUCGUGUCCAUCUCUACCAACCUGACCGACCGCUGCGUGUACAUCUCCUCUGACGGAGGACGACUCUGCAGGCCGUACAUCAUCGUGAAGAAAGGACAGCCCAUGGUGAAGAGCAAACAUAUUGAAGAUCUUUCUCAGGGUUACAGAAACUUUGAGGACUUCCUGCACGAAGGCCUGGUGGAGUAUCUAGACGUCAACGAGGAGAACGACUGUCAGAUCGCCCUCUAUGAACACAUGAUCAACAAAGAAACGACACACUUGGAGAUCGAGCCGUUCACGCUGCUUGGAGUGUGUGCAGGCCUCAUUCCCUACCCCCACCACAACCAGUCGCCCAGGAACACGUACCAGUGUGCUAUGGGCAAGCAGGCCAUGGGAACCAUCGGCUACAACCAGAGGAACCGCAUAGACACCCUGAUGUACCUGUUGGCGUACCCUCAGAGGCCCAUGGUCAAAACCAAAACCAUCGAGUUGAUUGACUUUGAAAAGCUGCCUGCGGGUCAGAAUGCCACUGUGGCAGUGAUGAGCUACAGCGGCUACGACAUUGAAGACGCUCUAGUCCUCAACAAAGCCUCGCUUGACAGAGGAUUUGGUCGAUGCCUUGUUUACAAAAAUACCAAGUGCACACUGAGACGGUACACAAACCAGACUUUUGACAAAGUCAUGGGGCCCAUGCUGGAUGCUGCUACACGCAAACCCCUUUGGAGACACAACAUCCUGGAUGCUGAUGGCAUUUGCUGUCCUGGUGAAAAAGUGGAGAACAAACAAAUUUUGGUGAAUAAAUCAAUGCCAACUGUCACUCAGACGCCACUGGAGGGCAGUGCCCAGCCAGGCCAGCCCCAGUACAAAGAAGUUCCCAUCAGCUAUAAAGGUUCCACAGACUCGUACAUCGAGAAGGUCAUGAUCUCCUCCAAUGCUGAAGAUGCCUUCCUCAUCAAGAUCCUGCUGAGGCAGACCAGGAGGCCGGAGAUUGGAGACAAGUUCAGCAGUCGACACGGGCAGAAAGGUGUUUGUGGGCUCAUCGUGCCGCAGGAGGACAUGCCGUUCUGUGACUCGGGCGUCUGUCCAGAUAUCAUCAUGAACCCUCACGGGUAUCCCUCCAGAAUGACGGUGGGGAAGCUGAUUGAACUGCUGGCCGGGAAAGCCGGAGUUCUGGACGGACGCUUCCACUAUGGUACGGCUUUCGGGGGCAGCAAAGUGAAGGAUGUGUGCGAGGAUCUUAUCCGUUAUGGGUACAACUACCAGGGCAAGGACUAUGUGACAUCAGGAAUCACUGGAGAACCCCUGGAGGCUUACAUCUACUUUGGGCCAGUCUAUUACCAGAAACUGAAGCACAUGGUUCUGGAUAAGAUGCACGCCAGAGCUCGGGGUCCCAGAGCGGUUCUCACCAGGCAGCCUACAGAGGGACGCUCCAGAGACGGAGGUCUGCGUCUGGGGGAGAUGGAGCGUGAUUGUUUGAUCGGCUACGGAGCGAGCAUGUUACUGCUGGAGCGCCUCAUGAUCUCCAGUGACGCCUUUGAGGUGGACGUUUGUGGACAGUGUGGCCUCCUGGGAUACUCUGGGUGGUGUCAUUACUGUAAGUCAUCUUGUCACGUGUCCUCCCUGAAAAUCCCGUACGCCUGCAAGCUUCUCUUCCAGGAGCUGCAGUCCAUGAACAUCAUCCCUCGACUCAAACUGUCGCGCUACAAUGAGUGAGCAGGACUGGGACAGAAACAAUGUCUGCGUGAGUGAAAGGUUCAACGCCGGAGAUUGAUAAACCUGAAGUUUAAGUUCAAAGACGGGACUGCAAACUCUUGUUCCCAAAAUUCUUCCACAGAUGUUCUUCAAGUGUGUACAUAAUAAAGUUAUUUCUUUCA